UGUCUUUUUUUUUUUCUCCCUCUGCAGAAGACAACGAUGCCUUUGGAGACCGUAGCACGCAGCGCGGCGCCACCUCGGAGAAUCUGGGUGUGGACGCCCCUGGCUCCUCCCACAUGUCCAGUCACAGCAGGAAGCUCAAGAUCCUGAGCGUCUACGGUAAAGGGGAGGGCCCUCUGGCGGUGGACGGCCAUGACACCCUCCUCACCGCGUCUGAAGUGGAGGCCCUGAACCCGCUGUCUGCGGACCACAGCGCGGCCAAGAGCCUGGAGCGCGGCGAGCGGCUGGUCCGCCCUGAAGUGCCGAGUGUGCAGGUUGGAAAUCAUCUUCUUAUUCAACAUCCGAAUGAGAGGCUUCCUGAGCGUCUACGGUAAAGGGGAGGGCCCUCUGGCGGUGGACGGCCAUGACACCCUCUUCACCGCGUCAGAUGUGAAGGCCCUGAACUCGCUGUCUGCGGACAACAGCGCGGCCAAGAGCCUGGAGCGCGGCGAGCGGCUGGUCCGCCCUGAAGAGCUGCACACACCCAUAGAAAGCACACCCCUUUAUGAUUUUUAAACACUGCCAAAUAUGCCCGUCUUAUGCCCACCUUUUUCCUUGCAUGGUCCGCACGUUUACACUAACCGUGGUAAUUUACCGGCUUGAUUUCGCACCUCAAUUUUACCCUCUCAGACCCCACUCAUAUUGGUGCUUUUCAUUUAGAUGUAAAUGUGAUUAGUCAGCUUUGCGGUUCCAGGGAAGGGACUUGGGUAGAGGUGUUGCUGCAUUGUCUCUACAACAGAGACAACGCUGCGAUUUCAACUUGAGUAGUUAUAACUGGAGGAUACUGAUAUCUGCAAGCUGCUGACCAUCAUGGGAGAGAAGGUGAUGCAGUCGCAUUUAACCAAGACGGGGAAAUAUGGUACGAUCUACGAGAAAGUACCAGGAGAACUUUCCUUACGAUGCUUGGUCAGCAAAGUGGUCAGCCAAAUAAAGAAUAUGUUGUUGAUUUUGCGCUUGUAAAUAGUGAAUCGCGUUUUAGUCUACACUCAGAUGUCAACUUAUUCUUGCAUGCGGGAAUGAGUGAAUCUAAAGUAAAAAGACAUUCGGAGUAGGGAUCGACCGAUAUAUCGGUCGGCCGAUAUUCGCGUUUUUUACGUGUAUCGUAUCGGCCGAUACUCGGCUGAUUUUCGCCGAUUUUUUUUUAUUUAUUUUUUUUUAAUUUAUUUUUUACUUGUUCUACCUCACCUGUUUUUAAUAUUUGUUAAAUAUUGUUCAUCUACUUGUUCUUACUUGUUCUACUUCACCUGUUUUUACUAUUUGUUAAAUAUUGUUUUUUAUAUUGAAGUUCAAUAAAUGUUCCUUUAAAAAAUAAAUAAAAAAUCGGCUCAAGAAAAUCGGUAUCGGCGUAUCGGCUAAGGCUGAUGAAAAAAUAUCGGUAUCGUAUCGGCCCUAAAAAAUCGGUAUCGGUCGAUUCCUAAUUCGGAGUAUGCAAUUUAUUGACAAGACGUGUACUCUCCGUGCAUAGCCCCGCCAUCUCGAGUGAACCAAGAAAGCUGGCCCCGUGAUGAAGGGGGAUUUUACCCCCUUGGUUUUACACAGGCAAGACAAGGAAUUUGCAGGGCGUGCAAAGCCGCGAACGAACCGGCUUGGCAGUGUAAUAAUGCAUAUUGUGUCCUUAGUGCGGAUUGACAACUGUUCUGUGCAAAUGAAAGGAUGUGUCUUGAGUGUGUUUCCUUCUUUAUGUGGAAAGCAGCAGACCCCAGACACCAUUUCAAUCAAGGUUGAAGAGGAUAUUGGUGGAGGCAUGCCCGCUGUAGGUUAGUAAUACACAUUGCAUCCAUGCAAGCAAACAAUCUUGAUAAACUGAGCACGUACUCGAAUCUGCCUUCUCAGUAGGAGCCUUUAACCCUUGACCAUCCAAAGGGGCGACAAGGAAAAUGCAUGAUCAACAAAUAGAAGUUAGAAAGAAUUUCAUAAUAUAAUUCUUGCAAUACACAAGUGUGUACAAAGUACAUGCUGUGUACCUUUUGUGAGAUGAUUAAUUAAAAACAUUACUUUCUCUCUUUCUGUUUUCCUCUCUGAAGAAGACGACAAUGACAUUAGAGACUGCAGCACGCAGUGCGGCGCCACCUCGGAGUGUCUGCGUGUGGAAGCCCCUGGCUCCUCCUACAUGUCAAGUCACAGCGGGGAGCUGCGCAUCCUGAGCGUCUACGGACAAGGGGAGGGCCCACUGGCGGUGGACGGCCAUGACACCCUCUUUGCCACGUCUGAACUGGAGGCCUUGAGCUCGCUGUCCUCAGACCACAGCGUGGCCAAGAGCCUGAACUGCAGCGUGCGGCUCGUCCGGCUUGAGGAGCUGACUGGGCAUCAGGGCUGCCGCAAGGGCCGGCCCGGUGUCUUGUGUGGAAAGGUUAUUCCCAACAAUGCCAAUAUGAUCGUCCACAUGAGGACUCACUCCGGGGAGAAGCCCUACAAGUGUGACCAAUGCACAAAGAGCUUCAGUCUGAAAGGCACCCUGAAGACCCACAAGAGGAGUCACUCCGGGGAGAAGCCCUACAGGUGUGACCAAUGCACGAAGAGCUUCAGUAUGAAAUGCGUCCUGAAGAUCCACCUGAGGACUCACACCGGGGAGAAGCUCUACAAGUGUGACCAAUGCACGAUGCGCUUCAGUCAGAAAUGCCACCUGAAGCGCCACAUGAGGACUCACUCCGGGGAGAAGCCCUACAAGUGUGACCAAUGCACGAUGCGCUUCACUCAGAAAGCCAACCUGAAGACCCACAUGACGACUCACACCGGCGAGAAGCCAUACAGGUGUGACCAAUGCACAAUCCGCUUCAGUCUGAAAGUCCACCUGAAGCGCCACAUGAGGACUCACUCCGUGGAGAAGCCCUACAAGCGUGACCAAUGCACGAUGCGCUUCAGUCAGAAAGGCACCCUGAAGAUCCACCUGAGGACUCACACCGGGGAGAAGCCCUACAAGCGUGACCAAUGCACGAAGCGCUUCAGUCAGAAAGGCCCCCUGAAGAUCCACAUGAGGACUCACACCGGCGAGAAGCCAUACAGGUGUGACCAAUGCACGAUGUGCUUCAGUCUGAAAGACCACCUGAAGCGCCACAUGAGGACUCACUCCGUGGAGAAGCCCUACAAGUGUGACCAAUGCACAAAGCGCUUCAGUCAGAGCUCCGCCCUGAAGAGCCACAUGAGGACCCACACGAACAGGAAGCCCUACAAGUGUGACCAAUGCAAGAAGAGCUUCACUCGGAAAUGCCACCUGAUAAUCCACAUGAGGACUCACUCCGGGGAGAAGCCCUACAAGUGUGACCAAUGCACGAAGUGCUUCAGUCAGCGCUCCACCCUGAAGACACACAUGAGGACUCACUCCGGGGAGAAGCCCUACAAGUGUGACCAAUGCACGAAGCGCUUCAGUCAGAAAGGCCCCCUGAAGAUCCACAUGAGGACUCACACCGGCGAGAAGCCAUACAGGUGUGACCAAUGCACGAUGUGCUUCAGUCUGAAAGACCACCUGAAGCGCCACAUGAGGACUCACUCCGUGGAGAAGCCCUACAAGUGUGACCAAUGCACAAAGCGCUUCAGUCAGAGCUCCGCCCUGAAGAGCCACAUGAGGACCCACACGGACAGGAAGCCCUACAAGUGUGACCAAUGCAAGAAGAGCUUCACUCGGAAAUGCCACCUGAUAAUCCACAUGAGGACUCACUCCGGGGAGAAGCCCUACAAGUGUGACCAAUGCACGAAGUGCUUCAGUCAGCGCUCCACCCUGAAGACACACAUGAGGACUCACUCCGGGGAGAAGCCCUACAAGUGUGACCAAUGCACGAAGCGCUUCAGUCGGAAAUGCACCCUGAUUAAACACAUGAGGACUCACUCCGGGGAGAAGCCCUACAGGUGUGACCAAUGCACGAAGCGCUUCCAACGGAAAUGCGACCUGAAGAUCCACCUGAGGACUCACUCUGGGGAGAAGCCCUGCGUGUGUCUGCAGUGCAACGCCAGCUACAGCGACCCAAGCAACCUGAAGAUCCACAUGAGGAUUCACUCCGGGGAGAAGCCCUACCAGUGUGACCAAUGCAGUAAGCGCUUCCUUCGGAAAGAUGCCCUAAAGAUCCACAUGAGGACUCACUCCGGGGAGAAGCCCUACAAGUGUGACCAAUGCUUGAAGCGCUAUCAACAGAGUGGCCACCUGAGGAUUCACAUGAGGACCCACACUGGCGAGGAGCCCUACAGGUGUGACCAAUGCAUGAAGCGCUUCAGAGAGGGCACCAAGCUAAAGAUUCACAUGAGGACCCACACUGGCGAGAAGCCCUACAGUUGUGACCAAUGCACGAAGCGCUUCAGUCAGAGCUUCGACCUGAAGAUCCACAUGAGGACUCACACCAGGGAGAAGCCCUACAGGUGUGACCAAUGCAUGAAGUGCUUCAGUCAGAGAUCUGCCCUGAAGUCCCACAUGAGGACUCACUCCAGCGAGAAGCCAUACAGGUGUGACCAAUGCACGAGGCGCUUCAGUUGGAAAGGCCCCCUGAAGAUCCACAUGAGGACUCACUCUGGGGAGAAGCCCUGCGUGUGUCUGCACUGCAACGCCAGCUUCAGCGACCCAAGCAAUUUGCGUGUGCACAUGCUCAAGCACACUUUGGCACGGGGUAACGGGACGCUUUGAUUGUGACCUCUGUCCUGUAUUGGUUGAAAUUACUGCUUUUUGUUUUUCUUUUCAUUACGAUUAAAUGCUUACCAAAUUUUGA